AUGUCAAAUGAAUGGAGUUGCUUGUUGUGCUUCUUGUUCCUCCUAUUUCAAUUUUCCACACCCAUUUCAGUUCUCGAUUUCCCAUGCAAGCCACCUCAACAUUCAUGGUACCAAUUCUGCGAUACAUCUCUUCCCAUUCCCACAAGAGCAAGAUCACUCGUUUCCCUUCUGACCCUCCCUGAGAAGAUUCAACAGCUCACAAACAACGCUUCCUCCAUUCCCCGCCUCGGCAUCCCCGCUUACCAGUGGUGGUCGGAGUCUCUCCACGGCAUCGCCACCAACGGUCCCGGCGUGUCCUUCAACGGCACCGUUUCAUCUGCCACGAACUUCCCCCAAGUCAUCGUCUCCGCCGCUUCCUUCAACCGCAGCCUCUGGUUUCUGAUUGGUUCCGCCGUGGCCGUUGAGGGUAGAGCCAUGUACAACGUUGGCCAAGCCGGGUUGACUUUCUGGGCUCCUAAUAUCAACGUUUUCAGGGACCCCAGAUGGGGGAGGGGACAGGAGACACCAGGUGAGGACCCCAUGGUUGCUUCUGCUUAUGGAAUUGAGUUUGUGAGAGGGCUUCAAGGUGUUGGAGAAAUCACAAAUGUGUUUGGGGAGAAAAGGGUGUUGAGUGCUGAUGGUGUGGUUGUUGAUGAUGGCCUUAUGGUAUCUGCUUGUUGCAAACAUUUCACUGCUUAUGAUUUGGAGAACUGGGGACAGUUCUCUAGGUAUAACUUCAAUGCUGUGGUAUCGCAGCAGGAUUUGGAAGACACUUAUCAGCCACCUUUUCGUGGUUGCAUUCAACAAGGGAAAGCUAGCUGCUUGAUGUGUUCCUACAAUGAAGUUAAUGGUGUUCCUGCUUGUGCUAGUGAGGAUCUCUUGGGAUUGGCUAGAAACAAGUGGGGAUUUAAAGGGUAUAUUACCUCAGAUUGUGACGCUGUGGCCACGGUUUUUGAGUAUCAGAAGUAUGCAAAAUCCCCAGAGGAUGCUGUUGCUGAUGUUCUCAAAGCAGGUGUGGAUAUCAAUUGUGGAACCUAUAUGCUUCGAAAUACUGAAUCCGCCCUUGAACAAGGAAAGGUGAAAGAGGAAGAUUUAGACAGAGCUCUUCUGAACCUUUUUUCUGUUCAACUGCGCCUUGGACUGUUUGAUGGAGACCCCAGAAGAGGCCAGUUUGGCAAACUGGGGUCGCAGGAUGUUUGCACCGUGGAACACAAAACACUGGCACUUGAAGCUGCAAGGCAGGGAAUUGUACUGCUGAAGAAUGACAAGAAGUUCCUUCCCUUGAAUAGGAAUAUUGAUGCUUCCUUAGCUGUCAUUGGCCCAAUGGCAACUACAAACAAAUUAGGUGGUGGCUACUCAGGAAUACCUUGCUCCUUGAAAAGUUUACACGAGGGACUUAAAGAGUUUUCAAAGAGGCUAUCAUAUGCUUUUGGUUGCCCUGAUGUACCAUGUGAUUCUGAUGAUGGUUUUGCUGAGGCUGUUGACACUGCAAAACAAGCUGAUUUUGUUAUUAUAGUUGCCGGGCUUGAUACAACGCAAGAGACAGAGGAUCAUGACCGAGUUAGUCUUCUCUUGCCUGGUAAACAAAUGGACCUUGUAUCAUGCAUUGCAGGUGCCAGUAAAAAUCCAGUGAUUCUAGUUCUUACUGGUGGAGGACCCCUUGAUGUCUCCUUUGCUGAAAGAAAUCAACAAAUUGCAAGUAUUCUUUGGGUUGGGUACCCUGGUGAAGCUGGUGGAAAAGCACUAGCUGAAAUUAUCUUUGGAGAGUUCAAUCCAGCUGGAAGGUUGCCAAUGACUUGGUACCCUGAGUCAUUUACCAAUGUUCCCAUGAAUGACAUGAGCAUGCGAGCUGAUCCUUCACGUGGUUAUCCAGGAAGGACCUAUCGUUUUUAUACUGGAAGUAGAAUAUAUGGAUUUGGGCAUGGCUUAAGUUACAGUGAUUUCUCAUACAAGUUCUUAUCAGCUCCUAGUAAAAUUAGUUUGUCUGGAAUUAUCAAAGAUGGUUCCAGAAAGAGUUUAUUAAAUCAGGUAGGGAAAGAGGUUUAUGGAGUUGAUCAUGUCCAAGUUGAUAAGUUGCAAAAUUGCAAUUCAUUGAGUUUCUCAGUGCACCUUUCUGUGAUGAACCUUGGUGAUUUGAAUGGAAGCCAUGUUGUGAUGUUGUUCUCUAAAUGGCCAAAAGUUUUAGAAGGCUCUCCAGAAACCCAGUUAGUUGGAUUCAGUCGUGUGCAUACAAUUUCUAAGAAUUCUAUUGAAACAAGCAUUUUGGUGGAUCCUUGUGAACACUUGAGCUUUGCAGAUGAACAAGGAAAGAGGAUAUUGCCCUUGGGCCAUCACAUUUUGAGCUUUGGGGAUGUAGAGCACAUUGUUUCCAUUGAAAUUUAUUGAUGACUUGUCAACAACUUUCAACUGUAAUUUAUUGAGGGGUUAGUAUUUUGCUUAAAAAUUACAAAUGUAGAUAUAUUAUAGAAUUCAA